UCGCGCCCCUCGCAGGAGUGGGCGUUUUGUGCGUGUCCACAUCGUGGGGGCCUUGCGGCCUGGGUCCCUGCGCAAGCGCGGAGCUCGUGUAACGGCGCCGGGCUCGCGUGUUCGCGGUGGGCAGUUUCUGCCCAGGUUUGUAUGCCCCGUGCCAGACGCGGUUGAAGACAAAGCUCAGGAUGGAGCGCAGAGUGGCACAGCAGAGGGGGCUCCUGAUACUAUUUCUGGGGGUGCAGCUGCUGCUCUUGGGGGCAUUACUCUACCAAAACCACCACCACCAUGGCUUCACCUCCUUCUUGCGCUUCCUAAUACAAGACAGGCCAGAGGUGGGAGAAGAGCUGCCCUUUUUGGUCCAGGUCUCCUCUCCAGGAAUCCCCUACCAGGAUGUCUAUACCAACCUCAGCCAGAUCCACCCUGUGAACAUCAGUGAGGAGGAUCUGCCCACCUGCCCCAUCGUCUCACCCUACAUCAAUGGCCCCUUGAAGGUGAUGAUGCCGGAGAACCUGACAAUGGAGAAGGUGGUAAAGAAGAACCCACUGGUGAAGCUGGGGGGACAAUACUGGCCACCCAACUGCCGGGCACAGCACCACACAGCGGUAGUGGUGCCCUUCUAUGGGCAAGCCCAGCACCUGCAGCACUGGCUCUUCCACUUGCACCCCUUCCUGCAGCGCCAGCAGCUGCACUAGACCGUCUAUGUGGUGAACCAGGUAAACAACACUGCCUUCAACCGGGGCAAGCUGCGCAAUGUGGGGUUCUGGGAGGCCAUGAAGGAGGAGGACUGGGACUGCUGCUUCUUCCAUGAUGUGGACCUACUCCCAGAGGAUGAUCGCAACCUCUACAUCUGUGACACCUUCCCUGCCCAUGUGUCUGUGGCCAUUGACAAGUUCAACUACAAACUGCCCUACAAAGGCUACCUUGGAGGGGUGUUUGCCCUGUGCCCCAUUCACUACCUGAGGAUAAAUGGCUUCCCCAAUACCUGCUGGGACCGGGAUGGUGAGGAUGACGACAUUGCUGCCAGGGUGAAACUAAGCAGGAUGCUCCUCUCACAGCCCCACCUGCUCUUUGGCCGCUACCACAUGCUUGAGCAGGAGCAGGAGUACGGCCACUGGUGGAGUCUCUGGAGGCCUCGCUUUCUGUCCCAGACCCACCAUACAUGGCGGCACGAUGGCAUAAACUCGCUGGACUACAGGCUUCUCUCCAAGGAAUGGCAGCCCCUCUACACCAACCUCACCGUGGACGUCAGCCUCCUGGCCUCAGGAUCCCCAGUGCCAAGCUGAGGCAGCAUCUAGAGUCGAGAAUGGAGUCCCCAAGACCAGGGCUGCAGGACAGCCCUCCCACCCAUUCCCUCAUUAAAGAAAUGUUUCUUCUACGUGUUUCUCCUUUCUGCCAUCCCUAACUCCCAUCUGUUGUUUUCAUCCAUUCAUUCAUUUAUUCAUUCAGCAGCUAUGUCCAGGAGGUCCUCCUUCACAGAUAUCAGUUAGUAAAAGGAAAAGGUCCCUUCAACUUCAAGCAGAUGCACUUCAGAUGGGGACCAGAAUUUUGUGGUAAAUACUUUG